AAUAGAAAUUUAAUGACUGCAAUAUUACAUAAUUAUGUUGAUAACAUCAAAAGGGAAUGUAAAAAAAUUGCAAUUAAAAAUCCUUAAAAUACAUUUUUACAGAAGAUGUCAGCUUGGAGAAAUAACUGAUAACAUCAAAAUAUGGUCAAUUAAAAAACCUGCAGAUUAAUAGAUAAAGCUGUAAUUAUUGCCUACUCAACAGGUAGAUAAACAAAAGGACCCCAAGCAGGUGGCCCUCUUCACAGAGGUGACAAGAUUAAUCUAGGUAAUUAUGACCCAAUUACCUGGUCAGCACACAAGCCUUGAUACCCCAGCAGGUGCCCUAUCUUCAUAACACACAAUUACAUGUUACACCAAUCACUUAGGUACUGUUUGAAGUGGGAAUCCAGCGGUUUCCCAAUUAACAAACUUCAAAGCCCCUGCUGUGCUAAUGUAGAGCAAAUAAAUUCAGUUUUUAUAAUUGUCAAAACAGCAGGACAGCAUGGGAACUAGAGAGGGGAAAAGGGGUCCGUGUGAGGCCAUACCAGGACAGCUAUCGACAGACAUGGACAACCAGAAGCUUUGGGAUGUAGCUGAGAGACUUCAACGUUUGAUUGUGAGCCAUGACAGAGCUGUUCAACAGAUGUACCUCUUAGAUUCCAAACUUCAGGACAUGAAAAACAGACUGUUUCACCAGAGGAACUCCCUUAGAUUUCUACAGCUCCGCCAGCACUGGCACUCCCGUCUUGGAAUGGUAGAGUGGAUGCGAGACAUGUACGACGAAUAUCGCCUCCGAAAGUGGACGGAAAUCCAGGACCUGAUCAACAAUAUCUUCGCGACAUACAGCUCGGAGGAAGUGAUGACGGUGCUCAUACUGGCCGAGGUGUCUUCCCAGAGCAUUGGGAUCUUCAUCGAGAACGAGGAAGAGGGCGAGACCAGUGUGACCUCUGAAAGCGAUGUCAGUCAGGUGGAGGAGGUGAUGAUGGUGGAAGGAGGAAGUGAAGAGGGACAAGGAACUCAAGUGUCAGGGGAGAUGGCAGAAGUGAACACCAUCGUGGAAGAUGAAGAGAUGGAGGAUGUUUCAACAUUCAGUGUGGCUACAGCAUUGUGAUAAGUGAUGAACCGUAAACAAACAUGGGAUAGUCUGCAUAAGAGUAAUAGCAUUGGUAGACAUGACAGAGUGUUAUAGACAUUACAAUGUGAUCAUGCCUAAGAGACACAUCUUUUUAGUCUUUGACAUUUCAGUAUUGGACCUU